UUCACCAAGACAUAAAUUAACCUGACGAAAAAUACCAGUUUAUUUUUUCAGUAAAACUUCGAUUCCAUUAAGAUCUACUAGAGAGCAUUUAAUAAGGUUGAUUUACACUGUGGAAAGAGACAGGAAGAUUUAGAUGCUCUAGAAAUUCUGGAUAAAGUAGAACCUACAGACUGAGAGGAAACCUGUUUUUAAUUUUUUUUCAUUAUUUAUUUUUUUUCCACCAUGACUAAUGAAGGAGGAUCAUGUCAGACCCCAGCACAAAUCUUAUCGUUAACUACCUCCCACAAACCCUGUCUGAUGAAGGCUUUAAGGAAAUGUUUGAGAAGAUUGGGCCCCUCAAAUCCUACAAAAUCGUCCGCGACAAGGCCACUAACUACAGCUAUGGUUUCGGUUUUGUGGAUUACUUGAAUGCUGAGGAUGCAGAGCGUGCCAUUCAUGAGAUGAAUGGUCAGAAAAUGGACCAUAAAACCAUCAAAGUAAGCCAUGCCAGGAAGAAUGACAGCGAGUGUAAAGGGGCCAAUAUCUAUAUAGCUAACAUACCAAGGUCGUUUGGAGAGGAAGACUUGACCCAGCAUUUUAUGCAGUAUGGUGAAAUUAUUCAAGUGCGUUUGCUGAGAGAGAAAUCCACAAAUGAGUCCAAGGGAGUUGGCUUUGUAUAUUACACCAAACGCUCAGAAGCUGCAGCGGCCUUGGAAGCAAUGAAUGGACAAACUUUGUUAAAAGGAUAUCCGUCAUUAUCUAUCAAGUUCGCAGACAUAAAUGCCAGAAAGGGUCGUGCCCCUUACCAAAUACAAGUCCAUCAGCCCAAUCUCCGAUACCCAACACCUGGCAGUAAUCCGUAUAGUGGGGGGCCUCACGGUCCUAUGAGGAGCUCUAAUACACGCAUGAGAUUCAACCCAAUGAGUGGGGGGUACUCCAACGCUAUGGCAGGUGGAGAUAUGGGGGGACAUAUUCUCUUUGUGUACAAUAUUGGUUAUGAUGCAGAAGAGAAAACAUUAUGGCAGUUAUUUGCUCCUCUUGGAACUGUGACAAAAGUCAAUGUAAUCAUGGAUCACAUUAGAAAUCAGUGUAAAGGUUACGGCUUUGUCACCAUGAAGAAUUUACACGAGGCAGAAGGGGCCAUCUUGGCACUUAACGGAGCCCUGUAUAAUAAUAGACGAUUGUCAGUGUCUUUCAAAUCAUGACAAAUUAGUUUUAAAAAGGUCCUUUUAGAUAAAGUUGAGCAUAAUAACAUUGGUUAAGUAAAAGAAGACAUGACUAUAGAGGUUAAGCUUUGGUGUUAAUGACUUUUUUAUUGGUUUGUUUCUUUUUUACAAUUGUCAUUAAAGAUGUCAUAAUGUUAGAGAAUUUUAUGAUGUAUAUAUGUUAACAAUCAUUUUAGCAUGCUUGAAGAUAUUAACAGGGAAUCUGUGUCACAUUGAUGUGCAUUUAUUAUGUUGAGAUUUUUGUCAAGAAACGAAAAUGACCAGACCUGUUUAAAUAAGAAAUCCAGAUGAACAUUACAAUUUUAGGUUUUACCUGUCAUUGUUGGAGUCAGUAUAUGUGUAAUUUCUGUCAUAGCAGCACAUAGAUUUUGUUUGUUAAAGAACCUGUGAUUGUGAUGUACAUUGAUAAAAAUAACCCUUGGCCAAAUACAGUGAAAACUGUUGUUGUGUAAAUGUUGUGCAUUUUACCAUUGCUUUCUCUUUCUUACAAGAAAUUAAAUGUAUUUGUCAAAAUG